GAACUCUUAUCUCAGCUGAUAGAUAAUAAACAAAAAAACACCGCAUAGGAUAAAUUAUAUUUUUCUCUAAUAAAAUUAAAACAUUCCUUAAAAAUAUGCGAAAUUUGCUAAUAAUUAGCUUUUUAUUUUCAAUAAGCUGUUCUAUAAGUUUAGCACAAGAUAAUUCUCAACAACUCCCCGCUGAAUAUGUGGAAUCAGUGCAACGCUCUACCCAUACCAACAAUUGGGCGGUCCUAGUAGAUGCCUCACGUUUUUGGUUCAAUUAUCGUCAUGUAGCCAAUGUUUUGUCCAUUUACCGAUCUGUUAAACGUUUAGGCAUACCCGAUUCUCAAAUCAUUCUUAUGAUAGCCGAUGAUAUGGCCUGUAAUCCUCGCAAUCCCCGUCCUGGUCAAGUAUACAAUAAUGCCAAUCAACAUAUUAAUGUUUAUGGCGAUGAUGUAGAGGUCGAUUAUCGUGGCUAUGAGGUAACUGUGGAAAAUUUCGUACGUCUUUUGACGGGACGUACACAAAAUGGUACGGCCCGUUCUAAGAAGCUCUUGACAGAUGCUGGCAGUAAUGUUCUGAUUUAUUUAACUGGUCAUGGUGGUGAUGGUUUCUUGAAAUUUCAAGAUUCUGAAGAAAUUACUAGUCAAGAGUUGGCCGAUGCUGUAGAACAGAUGUGGGAAAAGAAACGUUAUAACGAAUUAUUUUUAAUGGUUGAUACUUGCCAAGCGGCUUCUUUGUAUGAAAAGUUUACUUCUCCAAAUAUUUUGGCGGUGGCUAGUAGUUUGGUAGGAGAGGACUCUUUGUCGCAUCAUGUUGAUUCCUCUAUUGGUGUCUACAUGAUAGAUCGUUAUACCUAUUAUGCUUUAGAGUUUUUGGAAAAAGUGCAACCCAACAGUGAUAAAACUAUGGGAGAAUUUUUAACGGUGUGUCCUAAACGUUUAUGCAUAUCGACGGUGGGAGUGCGUAAAGAUUUAUAUAAAAGAGAUCCCUAUAAGGUGCCAAUUACAGAUUUCUUUGGCUCUAUAAGGCCGACAGAAAUUACUAAGGAUAGAGUUAAUAUAACGCUGGCAGAGGAAGAAGACUUUAUUGAAGCUGCUUUGGAAGCUGAGGUAACAAAUGCCAAAAAAGAUUCAUUUUAUAUACAAUUUGAAGCACAAUUUCCUAAAGAAAUUUUUAAGUAAUUUAAUUGUUUUUUUGUAAUUAAAUUAAUUAAAGCAACAUGUUGUUCAAAAAAAAAAAAAAAAGAAGACAACAAGU